AAGAGUUACCCGGGAAUAAUGGAACAUGGCGACCCUUUAGGAUUACAAUUCCCUACUUUUUCACUGCUAAAAGAGAUAAAAUUGAAAUGUUCACUGCACAGCAAUUGGAUAUUAAAGCUACAGAGCUUAAGGCUGAGUUUUUGCUUUCUGAGCCUUUACAUGACGAGGGACCUAAAGAGGAAGACAGGAUCGAAAGAACAACUUCUUCCUACUCAAAUGAAUCGGAGCGCUUUUUGUUAAAAGACAGAAGCUUUUCAAGGCAGUAUGCCCAGAUCUACUCAGUCCGUAUCAUGGCAAUGAGGAAGAAGUUAGCUACAGCAGCAAGAAGGAAAUGGGGUUUGUAAUCGAUUUACUUCACAAAAAUUUAGCCUCGUAGUUACGGUUUGUGAGAAUUGUUGCAAAUCAAAAAAAAUAUGGUUGGUGCUGUUUAUGUCAGCGGGAGUAGCGUUGAGGGAUUUUGUCCAACUUUUGAAACAGAUUUUUAAAUAUGUGAAAUUGUGCCUUUCAGGUGGGACGGAGAGCGCAUUUAAAAUACAGAAACUGUCUGAAGUGAAAACGGAUGAAAAAUGUUUUGUGAUUGGAACUCUAUUCAAGAAAAUGGAAAUGAAACCUAGUAUUUUAAAGGAGAUAAGUGAAGAGGUAUGAUUGAUGUGAGACUGAAAAUAAUUAAACUGCCAUUUAUGAUUAUACCAUUCAAUUUCUGCAAAAUUCUUGUCUAAGUUUUAUGCAUACAGUACAAGCUAUUAGAUUCAUAAAUACUAGAAAUAACUGUAUGAUUACAGAUGAAACUUGUGCAAUAAAAUAAAUACCACCAGCAGAAUGAGUCUUUUUUCCUGAACCAACUGUCAAGUCCAUCUAUUGAAAGGUUUACCUUGUUCAUUUUGUUGGCAGCAUAAUUUGAUGCCACAGCCCUCUAGAGAUAGAUUUACCGAAGAUAGUGAUGAACUUGUGAUAGAGGACGAAACAGAGAGAGUGUCACUUACUGGUAACAUACAAGUUGGAACAUGUGUAACAGGUAUUUUGGCAAUCACACACUCACACAGAUUUCCUUCAUCUAUCAUUCCAGAAUUGUCACAGACCAUAGAUCAUUGACAACAAUAAUAAACAAUGAAUGAACUAAAACAGAGAACUAAUUAUACCAAUGCAUCAGAACACCUAGAUCACAAUUGACUCACACUACUUGAGUCAGCCAUAAACAUCACAGCAAAACUUACCUUGAUGAUCAUACCUAACUGACAAAGAACUUCUCAUGACUCUGAUGAUGACUUCCACUCAGUUUGUCCAAGCAGCAGUCACUGUCAACAUUAAAGCCCUUUACAGGAUUACUGUUGUUGCUUUGAUCUGACCACAUGACCAACAGUACUUCUAGACUCCAAUCAUUAACUAUUUUGAGUUUUUACUAAUAGUUAUUUGUUAAUUUCAGGAAGUUUAGUAGCACUCUGUGGUUGUACAAUUGACAGUGGUAAAUUUGCUGUUGAAGAUUAUUGUUUCAGUGGCCUUCCUUACCAAACUGUACCAAAUCUUGAUCAACAUUUGUCCAAGGGUGAAGAUUGGUGAGAUAGUUUCUUUGAAGUUUUCUCUCUUGCCUUAUUUGCUUUUGUCAUACUCAUUCAUGAGAUAUAUAUUUAUUAACAAAGGAUGACUUUAAGAAAGCCUAAGCUCUUUAAGUAAUCGUUAUGCUGACCAACUUAAAACUUUCUUUCACUUCCUUAUAGCUUCCUAGAGUGAGUUGUGUGGUAAGGCUGGUCACUAUAAUGAUUAUAAUUAUCUUGAUGGUAGAUUUUUUAAUGAGUCUAUAUAGAGGUAUAUCUGAGAGCUUAAUUUCUUUUUCAUUUUAAGUUAUGUUGCUUUUAUCUCUGGUCUUGGAUUUGGUGAUAAAAGUCAGGAUUUACUCAGCCUUCAGCUUUUUUCUGAUUUGGUGAUUGGAGAGCUUGGUUGUGUACAGGUGAGAUUUGUUUCAUAUUGAGAGUAAGAUUAUUUACCAAAAUGAAGAAAGACCUCUGGAAGUGAUCUCAUGGCCACUCCCUUGGUAUGGCAUACAGCCAGCUGAAUCAUAUUGGUUAUGGCUUGGGAAGGAAUGAAUUGUUAACCUUUGAAGAAAAGUUUACCCCACAAGGCUUCAUUGUAGAGAGUAACUUAACUUGGUACUCAUAAGAAAUGCACUCCAGCAGACUGUACUUCAAAUAAUGAUUUUUGCCAGAAAGUUUCUUUGUUUGUAUCACUUGUAUCACUUUUUUCAAAAUAUUUUCCUUUUGGAUGUAUUUGUGCCUUGAUAGAGACCCUCUUACUUAAGGUUAUGACCCAAAAUUGAGACCUUAAUGGUCAUACCAGAUUUUAGUGACCUCCACUUAUAAUUUACUGCAUAGGCUUGAAAUUUAAGAUGGUCACUUGCUGGAAAUUAAUUUUACUUUGUAACCCAUUGAAUAACUAGGAUCAAGAAUCUUGUGCAAAGAUAAGCCGAGUUAUCAUUGCUGGAAAUUCCUUGAGCCAUUAUACACUUAAUAAAGACAGUGAAGCAAAGGUAAGCUAUUUACAACUUUUUUCCAUUCUUGUCUUCUCUGUGUUUGAUGUAGUAUGAAUUAUUUUCCAUCAGCUUAUGAUUAACAGUUUUUUAUAAUGAAGAGAGUGUUAUGGGGAUUUGCAUAUUUAUAAUUUAGAUUAUUGCACUUGUGACAAACAGUGCAUUAAAACAUGAUUGUUCCCAACAGGCAAAGUAUUUGACUAGAAAUACUGAGGCUGGUAGUGUGGAGGCUAUGAAGAGGUUGGAUGAAUUUGUAAUGCGACUGGCUGUAAGUAAUGCAGAAUGUUUCUGAAGUUAAGAUUUUGAAAUCUUACCAUGUGAAUUGUGGUUUUCUGAAUAAUAUUGAACACAAAUGAACAAUAUGGUGAAUUAAUUGACAUUUCCAUCACUAGUCAUGUGUUCCAGUAGACAUAAUGCCUGGGGAGUUUGAUCCUGCUAAUCACACAGUGCCACAGCAACCUUUUCAUCGCUGCAUGUUUCCCCAAGCAGCUGCUUAUCCAACAUUUCAAAGUGUGACCAACCCAUAUGAAGCUGUAAUUGGUGGACUAAGGUAACGUUUUCCACAGAGUACAACCUGCAGUCUGUCCUGUAACUGCAUGGUUGGGUAAAGUAGGGAAAUUUAUAUGUAUGUAUAACCCUAUAUAAAGAUUAGAAAGUUGACCAGGACCUAUUGAUAGAGGUUUUUGUGAUUUAAAUCAUUUAUGAUCAUGAAAGAAACUCCUUAUGAACUUAAUUUUUGUGGCAGUUUGCUUGAAUUAUUUUCAUUUUAAAACUAUAUUUGCAGAAUCCUUGGAACCUCAGGACAAAAUGUUCAAGACAUUCACAGGGUUUCAACAUUUGAAGAUGGUUUGGACAUUCUAGAACACAGCAUGAAUUGGGGUCACAUUGCACCCACAGCUCCAGACACCUUAGGUAGUUGUCUGAGGAAUUCACUUCCUUUUUAUGCUAAAGCAAAAUCGGAGGCUUGGGGAGAACAGGGGGAGUGUUGGUUCAAACAGUUUUUUUGCACUGGGUAUUUACACAAGGUCAAACCUCAAUCAUGGGUUUAUGCAAUCAGUGGGCCUUGGGCUUUCUCUAUAAGAGGGUUGUUUUGAUGAAAUAAAUGUCCUUCUGCUGUAAGCUUUUGGCCCUCUUGAUGCUCAAGGAUACAGGACAAAAAAAUAAAGUUGGACCAAGGCUGGUAGGGUGGUGACCUCCUAAAUGAACAAAACAAACAAAGUGGGUUGAAGAUAAGAAACAGCACACAUUGUGUUGUAGAGCUGUGUUUAACAGGGGCUGUCACAGAUCAAUAUCACUAUCUGGGAAACUGCCCACCUACCCCUCCCCUAACUCAACAUUAACCCUAACUUGUUAUCAAUUGACUGGUGUUGAGUUAGGGGAGGGUAGAUGGGCAGUUGCCCAGAUACUGCUAUUGAUCUGCUGUCACCAUGAUGGAGAAUCAAUAACUUAGUGCUUGGUGCACAGGAUUCUUGAUUAGAAAUAUACAUGUUCAAGCACUGAGUCUUUUCCUUCUGUUUCUGGACUUACCAGCAAGUGCUCAUCAUAGGUAUUCUCAGCAAUGGUGAUUAGCUUUUCUGUGGCCAUUUGCCAUUUUCACACUUCUUUUUUCAGGGUGUUACCCGUACUAUGAGAAGGAUCCUUUUAUUUUGGAGAAAUGUCCACAUUUGUACUUUGUUGGCAAUCAACACAAGUAUGCAAGCAAAUUUAUCCAUGGUAAGCAUGCAAGUUACAAUGAAUUGAUCAAAGAGAAUAAUUUCUUUAUUCAGCAUUGAUUUUAAUUUAUAGUUACCGUCUCUCUUUAGGUGAAAAUGGUCAGAAAGUGUUGUUGGUGACAGUUCCUGCCUUCUCCAGUACAAAGACAUGUGUGAUGCUUAAUUUAAGAACACUAACCUGCCACCCAAUGAGCUUUUCUGCUCUUCCAUCAACACUAAAUGUUAAGGCAUCAAUUAAAGCACAGAUGGAAAUUUAACUGUAACCAAAAGUGAUUCUAGCAUUUAGACAUUGUGUUGUCACCACUGUUUAGAAAAAGAACAAUCAAGUCAUGGGAUAGUACCUACUUUGUACAAAAUUAAGUUUGUGCUGUGUUUCCUCAUUACAGACCAAAAAAUAAACUAAUUCAAUUUGCAGAAAUUAAGUCAAGGUUUGCUUCAGUUCCCAUAUCCAUAUACCUUGUGCAUACAAUAGAAUUUUCCUCACCCUUUAGUGUACAUUGGUGUAUCAAGCAUUUCAUUGUCAGGUUUGUGAUCUAUAAGUGGAUUUAAAGGCAUCCAUUGUGAACCUUAGAUUCCACAACUUCUGCAGGCAGCAUACUGUAAUAAAUGAACAGACUUUUGCCUUAAUGUAUAAGACAAUGUUCCUUGCUUCUGAAGUUCAAUUUUGCUCAGUUAAAGAGGGGACCAUAGCCUCUUUCAGCAUUACCCUCAUCUGAAGGAAAAGAGUUAAUUAGGUUUAGUGAUUAAUGCAACAUUUAAGGUUCUAGAGCAAAGGACAUAGUCCCACACAAAAAAGUGUAUGAAUGGAUUGUGUGAUGUGGAAAAAUGAAGGGGAAAAUAGGGCAAGAAAAUCCAUUCAAAUCAGUUCAGUGAGUUUGGUGAAUCAAGAUACACUGAUAUAAAGAUAGAUAUAAAGUGGAUGAGACAGUUGUACAAAGCAACCUUGACAGAGAAAAAGAUUUCAAAUUUUAUUCAAUUUAAUUCCCAAAUUUACUAGAAUUUAGUUCAAAGCAGCUUCUAUUUUAAUCCUAACACAAAAAGUACUCCAAUAGAGCACAUAUUAAACAUUUCUCUGACAGUAACACAGAAUAACUUUAGUGUACAGCCAUCUUACAUUUGCAUUAAGUAAAUAUGUCUCUAAUGUAAAUUAUUUCCAAAAAUUAGAAUCUUUGUAACUGAGGUCAUUAAUCAGAUCUCAAUUAUUCUAACUAUCUUCAACAAAUUUUAACAUUAAUGUAAAAUAUAACUUUCAUCAUAAUAAUCUAGAGACUUAAUACACCUUAACUACUAGUAUAAGACUUCCCAAUUAGUAAUGAGCAAAUUCAACUAUGUCUCUCACAUUUUUGCAUGAAGUGAGAGGCACUAACUUAAGGGGAAUGCUUCAUUGCAUGAUGCUAAUUCUAAUACAUUAAACACCUAAUAAUCUCUUGUAAAGUCUUUACUUUGCAAUAUGUAUGGACACAGUACUCUCAAUGAAAGAAUAUUCAAAUAGAAUAAUAGUAACUUAGACUAAACUGUGCAAUUUUUGACUAGCAAUCAAUCCAUGGAGUGGUUCUAAUAAAUUGAACAAUGCAUCAGGGAAAAAAAGAAAAUUAAUGUAAGUCUUCUUAGAAAGUAAAGAAUAAAACAACAUCAAUUUAGAGACCUUUAGACACAAAAAGAG